GGUUUCACAAAUAGCAUCUUCUUUAAAUGACAAGAAUCUUGGGGCUACAUUCAUUUACAAGAUACUGAAUUAAAAACAGAUUCUGGAAAGUAUAAGGCAAUCUGAUAAAAUCCCGGUGAGAAACGGCAAUUGCUGGUUUUGCCGAGAUGUCACGGCACCACAGCCGGUUUGAAAGAGAUUAUCGCACAGGAUGGGAUCGCCGGGAGUGGAAUGCCAAUGGGAAUCAUGUGAACAGCAACAGUAACUGUAACAGCACAGUGAACAGCAAUAGCAACAAUAGGCCAGGUCUUCUGCCUGUACCAAUUGUCCAAUCCAGAUUGCAUGCACCGGCCACAGGGGCUUGCACUACUGUGAACAGCGAUGUGAUAACUACCCUUGCAGCCAGUAAUUCUGCAGCCUCAACAACCAAAACACUUUCCAUUUCCAAGACAGAUAAUCAACCACAAGGAUUAGCAACCAGUGUAAGGUGGGGACAGACACCCAUCAAUCAGUCUACUCCCUGGGAUACAGAUGAGCCACCAUCUAAACAAAUGAGGGAGACCGAAAACCCAGGUACAGCUCCAUGGGUUACAACAGUUGCAGCAGGUAGCCAACCAACUCUCAUAACUCAUUCUUAUGGGAUGAAUCAGCCACCGACCUUCAGCCCAGCAGUCAACGUCCAGGCCCCUGUCAUUGGAGUCACACCCUCACUCCCUCCACAUGUUACCCCCCAGCUUCCAUUAAUGCCAGCUCAUUACCAGCUUCCGCAGCAGCCUUCACGGCCUCUCAGUAACAUGGUUGUGAAUCUGCAAAGCCAGCCUUUGUACACAAACAGUCAACCCAUUACUAUGUCUUCUAUGACUGGGGUUGGUCAGGUGACUCACCCAGGCCAUGGGGCAGUAGGGAAUGGUCACAUGACUUGUCCUAUCCUGCCUCCACCACCACCUGCUUUGCCUUCAGCUGCCCUACCUAAUAGUGUUCCAGCCACCAAUGGGCAGGCUGCUCCUCAGCUUCCUCCUAACUCGACGGGCAAUCAGGACAACACAAAUGGGGUGCAGAUGCUACGAACUGUUGGUGUGGGGAAAUACGAGUUUACAGAUCCAUGGCAUCCAAAAGAAAUGUUGAAGGAGUUGAACCAGCAACGCAGAGCGAAAGAGUUUACAGACCUGAAAAUUAUUGUUGAAGGCAAAGAGUUUGAAGUCCACCAAAAUGUUCUAGCUUCCUGCAGCUUGUAUUUCAAGGACCUGAUUAAAAGGUCACCCCGGGACAGUAGCCGAAGCAGCGAGAAGCUGGAGCUGGAAUUAUCAAAUCUCACAGCGGAUGUUCUGGAACUGCUGCUGGAAUUUGUUUAUACAGGUUCCUUAGUAAUAGAUUCCGCCAACGCCAAAACUCUUCUCGAGGCUGCCAGCAAAUUCCAGUUUCAUACAUUCUGCAAAGUCUGUGUCUCUUUUCUAGAAAAACAGUUGACUGCUAGCAAUUGCUUAGGAAUAUUAGCCAUGGCUGAAGCAAUGCAGUGCAGCGAACUCUACAAUAUGGCCAAGGCCUACGCCCUGCAGAUUUUCCCAGAAGUGGCAAAUCAAGAGGAGAUACUUAAUAUCUCAAAGGAUGACGUCAUUUCCUAUAUGUCAAAUGACAGCCUAAACACAAAAACAGAAGAACUGGUUUACGAAACAAUGAUAAAGUGGAUUAAAAAAGAUCCCUCCAUCAGAGCACAGUAUUCUGCUGAGCUGUUGGCAGUGGUCCGUCUGCCCUUCAUCCAUCCCAGUUAUCUGCUAAACGUCGUUGACAAUGAGGAAUUGAUAAAAUCUUCAGAGGCCUGCCGGGAUCUGGUGAACGAAGCAAAACGUUAUCACAUGUUGCCACACGCCAGGCAAGAGAUGCAAACUCCAAGAACCCGGCCCAGGUUAUCAGCAGGUGUAGCAGAAGUCAUAGUCCUAGUUGGAGGCCGUCAGAUGAUUGGAAUGAAUCAACGGGCUUUGACAGCAGUCACAUGCUUCAAUCCUCAGAACAAUAAGUGGUACCCACUAGCCACCCUGCCCUUCUAUGAUCGGGAGUUUUUUAGUGUGGUGAGCGCUGGAGACAAUGUUUACCUCUCAGGUGGUAUGGAAGCUGGAGUCACACUGGCUGAUGUCUGGUGCUACAUGUCGCUCCUGGAUAACUGGAAUCUCGUUUCCCGAAUGACAGUCCCACGAUGUCGACACAACAGUUUGGUUUAUGAUGGCAAAAUAUAUACCAUAGGAGGCCUUGGUGUAGCGGGCAAUGUUGAUCAUGUGGAGAGGUAUGACACCAUCACCAAUCAGUGGGAGACAGUUGCUCCUUUGCCAAAGGCGGUGCAUUCUGCAGCUGCAACUGUUUGUGGUGGAAAGAUCUAUGUUUUUGGAGGCGUGAAUGAAGCUGGUCGAGCUGCUGGAGUCCUGCAGUCAUAUAUUCCACAGACGAAUGCAUGGAGUUUUAUAGAGUCACCAAUGAUAGAUAACAAAUACGCUCCUGCGGUCACUCUCAAUGGUUUCAUCUUCAUCCUCGGAGGAGCUUACGCACGAGCAACCACCAUCUACGACCCAGAAAAAGGCAAUAUUAAAGCAGGCCCCAACAUGAACCACUCGAGGCAGUUUUGCAGCGCUGUGGUUCUUGAUGGAAAAAUUUACGCCACUGGUGGAAUUGUCAGCAGCGAAGGCCCCGCUCUAGGAAAUAUGGAAGCUUACGACCCCAACACCAACACAUGGACGCUGCUUCCCAAUAUGCCAUGUCCGGUGUUCCGGCACGGCUGCGUAGUCAUUAAAAAGUACAUUCAGAGCAGUUGACUCCAUCGGAAACUUGGCUUCUGCCUGCUGAAAGCAAGCCGAGCGAACGAUCCUGCAGAGAGAAAACGGGGGAUACAACAAAAUAACAUCUUGUCUAAAGUUAUGACUAAUCUCUACACUGAAUGUAGAAAAUCAUCCUCACUUUUUGAUGAACAAUGAGCAGAGACAGCAUACGGUGGACAAGAACAAGAUUUAACACACGUGCGCCACUAGGUGUCACCGUGGUGUUGGCUACAGACACGGGCUUUUGGUCCACCCAGCAGCAAUAGCGUUGUUGUUUCAAAGAGGGGAAUGAAAUGAACCGUGUGCGUUCUACUAUGCUGAGAGCAAAUUCAGUUGUUGAAGUUACUGUGCCGAUUUGGCUUUGCUGCUACAUAUUACGCAUUGGGGGGAACUACAUGAAAUGAAGGGCAAAGUGUCCUUAUCACUUUGAUGGCUACCUUUUUGUUUUUAAACCAACGUACGCUUUUCAAACAGUCAUCAAGAGCAAACUUCCCUCGCCGAACACACCGACUGAGGUCAGUCUUCCAUCAAAGCCAAUGUUUAUUACAGCCCCAGAGAGCAAAGCUAACAAAGCAUAGAGGUGUGCCUGUCCGUCUCCUAGCAUUCCACGUCCUUUGAAUGAAAAGGUUUUCUGAAACUGUACCCCAAUGUCAAAGGUCUGGUCACGGGAGGGCUCUGCUUCUGCCCUACGGCUGUUUUGGUUUUUUUCCUACUGUAUGAACAAAAAUCGCAGCUACCUAUCUGUAAAACAAGAGACGUCCAGGAGCUUUUUAUUCAACUUGUAUUUCUCUGUUCAGAGAUUAGACCGAAGAGUUCUCCGUUGGGUUUCCAAUUUUGAGCCAGUGAUUUGAGGCAAGGCCUUUGGGGCGGCGGGGGUGGGUGGGUGUUGUGAUUGUCACUGAGUGCUAAUCCACUAGCCAGAACAUAUAGGUCACUGUCUAUAUUUUUGUCAAAUGAAUCUUAAAAAAACAAAGAUAAGUCCUAUUUUUUCAAAUUCUCCUCCGCCCCUUUCCUUUGCCAAAUGUACGUUAAGAGUCUUAAGAAAAGUCCUCUCUGCUCAAGGGGCUUCAGCGGCUGCAUUUGAAAGAAGAAGAAAUGGUUUUUGCAGCUUCUCGCAAGGGUUUCACAAUAAUAAUUGAGAAUGCAGUUUAUUAAAUCCUUCUUUUAGCAAGGCGGUCUGGGGAAAAUGGUUCCUCUGUAGAGUUGUAAGUAUAUACACAGCAGGGCUAUAUUUUUAUAUGUAUAUUAAAAUAUUGUACAUUCAGAGAAGCGUUGUGAUGUGAAAAAAAUUCUUUAUAAAAUUGUAAAUGGAGCAGAUCGGAUGGCUGACAGCUGGGACAACAGGGUUGCAAU